GUUUGCACCAUGCAAAAUUUUCAUGCUGGCUUUAUUUCGAUUUCCACUCCAACUAACUAUUCAUGAUGACUAUUCUCGUGAGUUUACUUACUCAUGGAAAUCAUUUCGGGGGUGGAUGUUUUUCCUUACGGGUGGUUUAAUUUGCCUCAAUGCUAUCCUAAUCUCUGCAAGUCUUGGUUCGUGCUUAAACUUGGUUCCUUCCUAUUUUUCUUUUUGUUUCCUUUUGAGAUUGAAAAUACAAUUCGCCAAGUUUUUUAGGGGCAGUUAUGCUGGACUACCCCCGACAACCAGAUGCUGGACUUAACACAACAUGGUUGAAGAGGUACAAUGUUCCGGGCAACUCCAGGGAAUCAACCGACACAUACGAAUUACACAAACCGCAACAAGAACUUCGAAUUGAAGAACUGUUUUUGUUACAAAGAAACUUUGUUCCGAUGAUCCUGUUGGUGCUGUCCCUAGGUCACAUUUGUACAGGGGACGUCUCGCUUUUCUUCAGGCGGACCUUCAUUGCCAAAUACUUUACUUUCUGGGAAGAAGCAGUAGAAAUAAUGAAAAUGGAUGCUGGAAAGCACCCAGAUAAUGUACACAAGUACUUGAUUCGUGUAACAUCCUUUUAUGCCGGUUUCCUCGUCGUUUUCAUAGGUCUUUGUGCAGGUCGUAUAGCUCCAGUGGCUACAGGUGCACCAACUCAACUAGUGAUCCUAUGGUCAAGAUUAUUCUUUCCUUCAAUCCAUGCGUGGAAGUAUUUGCACAUUCUCCGAUGGUUUGGAAUCGUAGUCUACGUUUACCUUCUCAUGUGUUCAAAAGUCUACAUUCUGCUUUUGCUAUAUAUUUGCAAAAUUUUGAAAAAUGCUUAUGCCACAUGGAACGAACGACUUGUCACUGUGAUUCAUAAAGGGAAAAAGGAAGAAAAAAAGUCAAGAAAGGAACACUGUGCUGCACGAACCGGAUUUGAUCAUCUAUUUCGAGAUUAUGUCGUAUUAUUGGAUUUGUUACGAGGUGCAGAUACAAUGUUUGCAAAUGUAAUUGAGUCUUAUUUUGGGACUCAAGUAUUCAGCCUCUGCUUUGAAGUGUACUAUCUAUUGCGAACAUUCAGUGCCCAUGACGAGUUUGCCUUUGCAAGAAAAUUGGAUGGAAUCUUGAUCACCAUUUACUUGUUUCAUUCCGUGAUAAUGCUUCUGCUGGCAACGAAUGCUUCCGCACAAGUUGGAGAGGAGGCAAUGGAAGGGUUGGAAAUUAUCAGGCGCAACGGGUGCAUCGGGCACAAAUCCAUCAAGGAAAUGUAUUUCACCCUCAGUUUAUACAUGAGCUACACAGGUCACUUUGAGACCGCCUUGACUGCAGGAAAAUUCGUUACUUUCGACCGAUCUUUCAUGGUCUCUCUCGUGGGAACAAUAUUUUCAUACUUUAUCAUUCUCACUCAGUUUACACCUCCCCUCUCGAUGUUAGACCCGAAUAAGUUGGAAUUGAUUAAUACCAAGCAUCUUAUCAUCAAUGUGGAAAGUACAUAUCAAAUCAAUGCGGACAUGAAAGUAGGGUACGAUACUCUAAGCAACAUUACCACCUAGUCGAAUGACAAAAUAUAAAGUUUUAUAAAAAUGACCAAUUCAAUUAAUUGAUUAACCAUAUACGAAAUCAUGAAGCAAAGAUAUUUCCCAGUAUUUCUAUUUAUGUCUUUAUUUUUGUAGGUUUUAGUUUUACAAGGUACGAUUAAUAAUGAUACUGAUAAUUUUGUUGAUAUAUAUACACGUAAUCUAUAUGAAUUGAAGGAGGUACAUUAAUUUGAUAUGCUUCGAUAAGGCUUGCAUCUCCCUGAACCUUAGAGAGGUGUAGACACUACAACAAUGUUUGACCACAAUACUUUGCACUAUAAAGCCAUUUAACCUAUACACUGCUACGUUGAAAAAAUAAAAU